UUUAUAUAUUUGCAACGGUGUGAACGAGACGUUCCAGCCGUAGGGUCAAAAGAAUUAAAAUUAAAAAACGCUGUUUAUCUUUGCAGUUUUCAUCACAGUACAUAAAACAAUUAUCGAUGAGACUAGCAUAAUGUUAUUAAUUAGACAAGAUAAAAUCUAUGAAUCUUAGACUAAUAAAUCGAGGAUUUCGGUUCGUGGUGCGAGGUUUGAAAACCAUGUCGUUCCCGGAUUCACCCGCAAAAGCAUCAAUAUGUUGCGAAGACGUAGAAGGAACACCACCGACGUACGCGAUGUAUGAAGCUUUGAAGGAUUCUUGCCAAAACAAUGCUCAAUAUUUUCAACCAGAUGAAAGUGAGAAUGGUCAACGUCUAUAUCAGGGUUUUAUGACUCUUAUAGACCAUAUAGAUACUGUGUGGCCACUUGUCGAUCGAGUUCGAAAGGUGGCUCCCACAUAUGAUUUUGAUGCAAAGUCUCCUGGAAACGGAUAUCGAAGUUUUGUAUCUGUAGUUGAUUCAUGCAUCUUACACGGUCUAAAACUUAGUAGGCAAGUGUGUACUGGAAGGGAUGCACUACUGUUCCGAAAAGGAUAUUUUGUUAAAGAGGUGGAAUCAUGCAGUCAACUGCUGGCGUCACUUGGUACAUGUCUCCAUCACCUCCACACGUUAAUAUCUUGGGCGGAGCCCGGAGAUCUUUUCCCAACUGAAGCGCAUUCACCUGAAGAAUUGUUCUCGAAAGCUGAUACGAUCAACCAAUACUGCUUUUACGGGAGAUGCCUUGGUUUUCAGUUCGCUCCAUCCAUACGUGGUAUACUCAAAGGUAUAUCCAUAUGUAUGGCGGGUUUCUCAGAAGCGUACUACAGCCAAGGGAACCUCAUCAGUUCAGUAUGGACUGGAGGCCAGUACUUAAUAGACCCCGAGCUGAGGGCUCGAAGGAUCGUCAAUAUAUCGCAGUCGGCUAGUGUGGAGUUUUGUAAGGCGUUCUGGUUUUUGACUGAAAGUGAAAUAAUGCGUCGAGUGCCAAGCUUAAUGUCCACUACAGUAGCUGUGAAUAAGUUGAUAACUAUUACGCCCGUACCAAUAGUUGUGACGACGCUUGAGGGAAAAGAAACGACUGUUCUACCGCCGAACUCACACAUAGGCCUGCACGACCUUAAUGUGCGGCUCAUUAGUGUUAACAAGAGAAAUGGGAUGACAGGUGAAACCUCAACCCUACCGCCGUCAGAUGGCGUGAUGUUCCACUGUCAUGGCGGCGGUUUCGUAGCGCAAAGCUCAAAAUCGCACGAAGGUUAUCUCCGAGAUUGGGCGGCAAAGCUGAAUAUACCAAUAUUGUCUGUGGACUAUAGUUUGGCACCACAAGCGCCGUUCCCAAGAGCGUUGGAGGAAGUUUUCUUUGCAUAUUGUUGGCUGUUGAACAAUUUGAAAGAGAUUGGGACUACGGGAAAGAGAAUAGUAUUCGCGGGCGACUCGGCUGGAGCAAAUCUAUUGGCUGGUUGUACACUGAAGAUUCUAGAAAGCGGUAUUCGUUUACCGGACGGUCUGUUUAUGGCAUACGCUCCACUUCUUGUCAGCUUCAUACCGAGCCCUUCCAGGUUGUUGUGCCUUAUGGACCCCUUGCUGCCUUUUGGGUUUAUGAUGAGGUGUUUGAAAGCGUACGCGAGUCCAAAUUCAAAAGGCAAGGAAGAGAAGCGCGGAAACAAAGAAUUGACGUCAUCAAACGUCACGACUCCAGUCGACGGCAACGGGUUUUUGAAAGUCAGCACUUCACAAGAGGGUAUAAGCGAGGGGCCGUCAUCGUUCGAGGAGGUGUCGCCGUCCGACCUGGCGGAGCUGCAGGCGCACAAGUCGGGCAGCGAGCGGCGCCAGUCCUCCGACACCACCAUCAGCGCCGCCUCGCUGCAGAGCGAGCACACCGCCACCGGUGUCAGCCCAUCGGAGGACAAGUCACAACAGUACGUAUCAGACUUUCUUGACCGGUACGUGUUCGACAGCGACACAGAUAGCGAGGGGCGGCGCUUCCCCAUCGUGAAGCCGAACGAUCGCGCGUCGCCAAGGGAGGGUGAAUCAGAGGCAUCUACAACCUUGGUCGCAGAACCACCCUUGAUAGAUGACGCCGAUGGAAAAGAUAAGAAGAGAAUAAAGUCGCGGAUAAGCGAAGCAGCGACUGGGAUAAUGGGCGCGAUGUCGUCAGGGUUUGCUUACAUGACUGACUCUAAUUCUAUCACUGGGCCUACGCAGGAAGAAAUGGCCGAGCGUACAAACCUAGAUUCGCUAAUCGCCCGCAGUCCGUCCGAUGAGUUCAUGUUCUCAGUGCCGCGGGAUCCCUUCCUCUCGCCAUACUGGGCUGAGGAUAAACUGCUCAAACAGUUCCCGCCUUUGAGGAUACUGUCCGUACACAUGGACCCCUGCCUGGACGACUGUGUGAUGUUUGCCAAGAAGCUGAAACGCUUGGGUAAUGAAGUGGAAAUCGAUGUGCUGGAGGGACUUCCACACGGAUUCCUUAACUUAUCAUUGAUGGCCAAGGAAGCAAACGACGCAUCACUAAAAUGCAUAGAAAGGAUUAAACAGUUACUCGACUUGGAAAAUGCGUCGGGCUCUGAAAACAAUGAUUUAUGAAUUAAUGAAUUGGGUGUUAUAGGCAUGUUUCCAGGUUUCUGCCAGUCGCAUUUAUAAAAAAAAUGUGAGAUAUAUAUGGGAACAAAUAUAUAGUUCCGCAUUGUUGAAUAUAUUUUAAAUAUUUUUUUACUUUGAAUCGUUUAGCGGUUACAAACAAUGGCGUUAAAUGCCAACGUCAAUAUUUCAUUUGUUAAGCGGUGGCAGUUGAAAAAUAUUUUUAUUUUAUGUAGUUAAAAAAAAUAUUUGUUAAUUAAAAUGAAUUAUAUUUAUCGAAUGGCCUCUUGACCAAAGGUAAAUAAUUUAUUUCUACAAUUUUUAGGAGUUCUAAAUAAAAGUAUUUACGAAAGUGAGUAAAUUAUAUAAAUUGAAAAGGACCAGAGCGUAAUUAUUUGAAGGAAAACCAUACUUCUUUAAUGAGUAGGUCCAUUAGGGACGUAGUUGUGACGUCACUUUGUUGCUGUGCAAUUAGCAUUUAUUAUUGUAAUUAAAUUUCACAUUGUAGUUGGUAGUUUCGCAUUUUGAAAGAUAGAGGCUCUUUUCCAUCACAAUUAUUUUAUUACUAAUUGCUUUCAUCACCAAUUCAGACAUUCCAUGUAAUGAUAAGUGUAAUUGAAAUUAGCUUUGAAUUCAAUGCUCCGUCCUUUUAUUGCGUCUUGAUUAUAAAAUUGUGAAUUUAUUUUAAACUAUACUAAAAUAAAAGCACCAAAAAUAUAUUAAUUUUCGAUGAUGAUCUUCCUUUUAAUAUAUAUUUUUAGUACUUACAAUUCUUAUGAUAUUUUAUUCCAGACUGUAAUUAAAUAAAAUUAAGAAAAGUUAACAACUGAUAAAUCAUUAAGUAAUUAAUAUCAAACCCCAACUUAAGCUAAGUUUGAUAGAUUUUUCGUAUACAAUGUAAAAAAAUUUCUGUACUGUUCUCAUUUUAAAUAUGGCUCGAGUAGAAAUUAUUAGUCAUAACUUUAAAUGAUUUCUAUCAUGUUCUGUGUUGUAUGUGGCAGUGAAAUAGCGUAGGAAUACUAUUUCUUUAUUAUUCGGGGUUCUUAACAAAUUAUAGCUAUAAUGCUCUGGCUUUUAUUAUUAUUAUUAUUGGUUAAGUGAUUUUCUUUGCUUAUUUAUUUUACACAAAUAACGCUCAUAUAGAUUUAGUUAAUAACAUAGAUAGAGUAUUCCUGUAUCUUUCAAAAUGCAUCACUCUUAAAUGUAGUAAAAUGCCAAAAUGCAGUAUUUGGUGUAUCACAAUACAUAUUAUGCUUUAAAUGUAAUAAUUGUGUUCAUAGUGAUCAUUUCAUACAUAGGUACACAUUCUUUUCGUACAAUUUUAUUCUUGUAAACCGUAAAAGGUUGUAAAAUUAUAUUUUCAUGUAUGUAUGUGUAUAAUUAUAUUGAUGUGCUAUAUUUAAUGUAUAAAAAUUUUAAUGUGCAAUAGAUAUUUUCUGAUAAUACGGCUUAAACAUUCCUUUCUAUCACCAUCAAGGCAAAUAUAUAACACAUUAAUUGAUCUUAUCUAUAUAUUAUAUACUAUAGAAUCUCAAUAAUGUUUCAUAUUUAUGAAACUUAGAAAAUAUUAAAUAAGUAAUGAUUUAAAUAUAGAUGUUUAAUGCAAUAUAUUUAGACAUGUCUGUGAUAGAAAUAAUGCUUUGUAAAAGCAGACAGUAUUCUAAAAAGAAAAGUGCUUGUUUAGUGUACUUAUGCGUGAUGGACUGAGAAAUUUAUAAUGGAAAAGGUGUAUUACACUCUAAAAAGAAAAAAGUAUCUAACAGCUUAUGUAACAAUUUAGUGAAAUACUUGUUUGCUCACAUCACAUUAUUGUGCUCAUCAUUCACAAAAUAACUUUAGUCUCUCCAACUAGAUCAAAAAAUGGCAUAUGUAUUAGUUAUUUGAUUUAUCUCGAAUAUUAUGUAUAAGGAAAUACGAUGGUGGCACAUAAAAUUUAACCAAAGGCAAUACUUAUAAUUUAUUUUUCUAUUUUUCUUUAAUACCAGAAUCAUUUCUAAAUUAAUACCUAGAAAUCGAUCGAUGUCAUGAUUUAAAUACUGUUUAUCGGUACCUCGACGAAGGCAAAAAAAGUUAUUCAAAUUAUAUCCCAAGAUUAUUAGCUUAGCUGAUUUCAAAAGAAUCUGUUUUCCUAUAUCUCUCUGUAGUUAACUCGUUAAAAACAAAUAGUGUAACAUACCUAAAACCAUCUAGACAAUCCUUUAUCUAUGUGCAAUAAAUAUAAUAAUCUAUAUUUAUAUUGUGUGACCACUUAUUUAUUAUACUAGUAUGUAAUUUUAUUAAAUUAUAAUUGUUAGGUAGGUACAUAUUAUUCUUAUUGUUGGCCUUAUAUAUGUGUUAAUAUUAAAGGUCAUGACAGACUGGGAGCAUUUUGGUUUUCUCCUCUGUAUUUGCUUAUUAGGAACACAUAUUAUCAAAUUAUAACAUGUGUUCAAAAAAUAUAUAUAUUUUAUGAUGAUAUGCAAAUGUAAAAAUGUGAAAUUAAUAUUGUAUGUGUAAUUUUCUUCCUUAAUUGUUUGAAGUAUACAUUCAAUUCUCCUGGUCUGUGGUCUUAUUUGCAUUACAGAUUUAAUAAUUAAGUACAAUCUAUUUUUUUGUUUUGAUUGAGAUAUAUGGUAAAGUUAUAAAUUAUUUUCAAAUGUUGUUGUAAUUUGAUGUUGUUUUAUAUUCGCAGAAGACUAGUUAGACAUUGUCUUUGUUUUUAAUAAAGAAAUGAGAUGUA